AUGGCGUGCGCUCAAGGAUGUCGAGGGAUCGUCGAACACUUACUAGAGUAUGGAGCCGAUGUACACUUACAGAAUAAUGUUGGUUCGUCAGCAUUACAUGCAGCUUGUGCCGCAGAUGCUACUGAUAUAGUUGAACUCCUUCUGGCACACGGAGCUGAUCCAGCUAUGACAGAUCAGUGGUCUCAAUCUCCCCUGAGCGUCGCCGGCAGCGCGGCUGACUCAAUGCCGGAGGGUUUCCGUCGCGCCGCCCGGGGCUCGUUCUCCGCCAUCCUUGACCUCCUCACUGCUACUGCGAACCUGGUACAGGACCCAUCCGACGGAUCACCAUCACCUCGAGCGGAGGAUAAAUCUGGUGGCGUUUCACCUUCCCCCAAUGAAGGUCAAUGCAAUCAAGUUUAA